CACAUCAAUGUUGUCACCCUGUUGUUAUGAAGCCGCUAGUGUAGUCUGGUUUAAACGAAAUGUAACUACGUGAAACAUUUGCUUGUUGUUCCCCUCUCACCUGUAUGAAUGUGACGCCUUAAACGCGUUAUUUGAAGAAGAAAAAAUGUCCUCCGUCGACCGACUGGACGUUUUGCGGCAGCGUAACAGAGAUUUAUUGAACCGACUGAAGCAGCACCGACAGAAGCUGGAGCCGCUCGGCGGCUGCAGUCGGAGCCGCAAGAGGGGGAGGGAGGUCGAGGCGGAGGACAGGCGGGACCCAGAAGACGCCCCGACCCGUGGACACCGAGGUGCCACCUUCGCCAGACCUACUGUAAGAUUUGCAGAUUCAUGCGAGAGAGGAGCCAGCAACGAUUCAACGCCGUCUUUGACCUCCACAUGCAGAAGGGGGACUGCUGACCACGCAGCGUCAUCAGGCCUUUCCAGAGAGAGCCACGUGCAUCCCUUCACACGCAGCAGGCUGCAGCGCGUGGACCCAUCAGCCACCAAGUCCUGUCUAGUUAAUCACAGCAUGGAACAGAGCAAGGUUCGGAGUCGAGUCACAUUUCCGCCUGAUGAAUGCGAAGAGACAUCCGCCUCCGGCCGGCAACGUUUGCAGCCGUUACUCGGAUACGACUGGAUAGCAGGAGUCCUGGAUGCUGAGGACUCCUUGAUAGAGCGCUCUGACGAGUUCUUCAAUGACCUGCGAACGUUUCGAUCGCUCAAUAAAGACGAGUGUGUCCACGGCAAACAAGCGGAAUUUCCCGAAGAGAACCAAUCCGUCCUGCAGCCGCUCACAGACAAGAACAGUCCAGAGGCUAAUUCGCAUACUCACCAAUGUACGUUUUCUUACAGGAUCAACAGCAGACUGUUUCCUGUCCCACUUCAUGGUCAGGAGUGCUGCCCGGUGUGCAAAGAGCAGAAAUCAUCCCAUCCUCACACGACCGCCGAGCCGGCUCUCAUCAGGGUCAGCAUCCCUCGCUCGACCCUCUUGCCACCGCACAAGUACAAAGCCCAUCGGCGAUGCAGUUUCGACCCCUCUGAUAGUUUGGGGUUACCAUCGCACUGUCUCUCUGGCUGGUCGAACACGGGUCAGAGCUCGCUGCCGCCGCCCAGCAGCCUCGAUCUGCGCAGCAGUCUGCACACAAAGGGCUCCACUGAGUCACAAAACAGGGAACUGGAGGAACUUAAUGCACCCAAAGUGUCUGCUAAAAUCUCUGACCAGAUCUCUGAAGUGUCACGUUUGGCUCGUCACAACUUCCAACACUUCUCUUCCAAAAGAAAACGAGGAAGCAUGUUUUACCCUUUGCAUUGACAAGAAAUGUCUCUUUGAAGUGAUAAUAGAGGCUCCUGAGACAUUUGAUGCCAUCCUAAAAUAUUUUAUUUUUUGUACUCUUUGUACUUUGUACUUUUUGUAUUACAGUCACUGUAAUGUGUUUCAUGGUAUGAAAUGUAUUGUUGUGUGGUUUUCUCUCUAUUUACAUACAGAUUGUGUGAUUAAUUACAUAGCAGCUUGAUUACAUGCUUAAAAUAAUACGUUUAAAUGGAAGAUGCGACAGGCAUGCAUAUUUCAUUUCAGUUUUUUUUUUUAUCUGUCCUGAUCUGAACAGAUAAUAAAAAGUGGGGCCAUAUAGUAUUUAGACUCCAUAAUGUAACCAUCAGCAGUCUCAUGGACGUAAAGCAAGAGCUCAAACUGUUACGAAAUGCAGAAACAGUUUUAGAAUCAACUUAACUCUGCAAAAUUUCAUUGAGGAAGUGAUUUCAAAUCCCUCCUUUUGUUCUUAGCAACUGUUUGUUUGGGCUGCGGGGUUGUAUGCAUAAUUCUGUUUUUAACUUCCUUUGACUCAUCCCGACUGUGGGGCAGGAAACACUGAGGCUGAUAAAGAUACUCUAUCUUGCAGGCGUCUUCAAAAAAGUCACAUAGUAUCAAAAAAAAUGUGUCCAAGUUGACCAAUGGACCAAUUUUGUUACCGCAUAUGGUUUUGAGGGAAAUGUGGCAUCUUCAAAUAUGUGACAUGCAUAUUUUUGUGCCCUGCUUAUAUCCUUGUUCAGCUAUUUCAGUUUUUACCUUCAAACUACACACCCUAGUACCAGAUCAUUAAACUACAAUCCAACA